AUGAGUUCGCUGCCGUCACAGGGUCGACCCUUGUCAGGGUUGGCGGCCCUCAAAGCGAAGAAGCAGCCUCCGAAGAUGUUAACUAAAAUGGUCACCGUUGCUUCGACCACGAAGCCAGCGUCAAGGCUUUCUGCAUCCGCGCCAGCACCGUCUCACAACGUGCGCAGCGCCAACUCUCAUAGCAUCUCUCGAAAGACAAGCGUCCCUCGCAAGUCCCUCACCCCAGCUUCCACACAUUCCAGACAAGGCAGCCGAGAACCGAUUGAACGCAUCAAACAUGAGAAGCAUAGCCGAGUCAAGCGGGCUUCACCUGCCGUAUCGACGCCGCAGUUCACAAGUUCGGACGAGGAGAGUGAAGAGGAGGACAAGCCUAGAAAGCGAAUGCGCACGGAUGGGCAAGACGCUGUAGACGAGAAGCGCAAAGUUAGAGAUCUCCAAGCGUUCUCAGAGGAUGGAAGCAACCGACUUUCUAUGAUUCAUGCCAUCCAGGUCGCAAAUCCUCAACCUGAUCAACACGGCAAAGUCAAGUACGAAGAAUUCUUCAAGACGUUGAAAGUUGACGAGGACGAGUAUCCAGUGAUCGAGCUUCAAUAUCCGACCUCGUUACAAGGCGAAAAGUAUCAAUUACUCAGGCCGAUCGAUUCAUCUGACUUUAAGCCGUUGGACGAAAUCGAAGCCAACAUGAAAAUGGUGGCCGAAUACUACCUCGACAUCGCCUCAGCCCGCAAAGUGGACAAUGAGGAAGAAGGCUCCGGAUUUGUUCAGAUGCUGCAUCGACACGCAACCCACGGGCUAAAAGGCCGUGUUGGAGCACAGACAGAGUAUAUCAAGACAAUUGAGAAAUACAACAGCCUCAUGAAGGAGAAGCGUGAUGACGGCACGAUUGCAAAGAAGCUGGAUCAAAUGAAACAGGUUGAACUGAAGUUGGCCGAACACAUUAUUAGAGGUCAGGUUUAUGCUCGCACAGUAUCGCCCAAGGUCGAAUCAGUAAGGCAAUAUGAGGCCUUUUCCAACUCCGUCUACGGAGAGCUUCUCCCCAAGUUCUUGAGUCGGAUCUUCAGGGAGACGGGUCUGAAGUCGGAACAUGUCUUUGUCGAUCUAGGCUCCGGAGUCGGUAACUGUGUCGUCCAGGCAGCGUUGGAAACCGGCUGCGAAGCUUGGGGCUGCGAGUACAUGGACAAUCCAAACGAACUAGCCCAACUUCAGGCUACAGAAUUUCGAGCGAGGUGUCAACUCUGGGGUAUCAAGCCCGGUGACGUCCAACUGAUUCAUGGUGACUUCCUGAAAAAUGAUACCAUCCGACAAGUUCUCAAGCGGGCAGAUGUCGUCCUGGUCAACAAUCAAGCAUUCUCGGCACAAUUGAACGACAAUCUCAAAUACAUGUUCUUGGAUCUCAAGGAGGGAUGUCACAUUGUCAGUCUUAAACCAUUCCGCAGCCCGGCGCACAAGAUCAAAGAAUCGAAUCACAAUGAUCCCAUUAACGUGCUGUCAGUGGUGGAGAAGGAACGCUGGAGCGGCAUGGUCAGUUGGACGGACGAUCCUGGGAAAUGGUAUCAUCAACGGAAAGAUCGGAGAGAGUUGGACGCGUUUCUCAAGACUAUGGGCGGCAGCAAUUAG